UCUUCCGGUUGGUUCCUGUACACAGUUUGUAGAAUCCGCGUUGUGUUGGGCUUCCGAAGGAAGACGAAAGACUAAAGCGAGUUAAAUGCGCUGGUUUGGGUUUGGCUUCAAUGCGUUUGCUCAAAUAUCYGURCCGGAUAAGUCGGAAAAAGAAGAAAGUAACAGCGYUGUGGGGCAAGAGAAAGUAUGCGUUCCCGUGGACCUGGUGAACCAUAUAGGUAGAAGUAAAAUCAGAGCAAGUUGGAGUCGGAGAGCAUCUUUGUUUUUAGAUGAGGACAGUUGCGUGCGUUUGGCUGGUUUCUGUGCAUCCAUCUCCUCCAAUGAAUCCUUCAGUCCUAUAACAGUGAACACCAGUGGCUGUCAAGAUGCAGCAAUCAGUGAAACGCAYCUUACCCUUGCUUUCCCAGGCAGAAUUGAAUCCUGGGAUCUGCAAAGCAAGGAUAAGGCUCCAUCAUGGAGCAUGGAGAUGACUCAGUCGCAGAACUCUGAUGUGAAUUUGCCAUUGGUCCCAGGRGGAUACAUUUCCUCCAARCCCCCYAUUUUCCGCUCCUUGUCUUCUCACCUCCAAGCCAAGAGCCUCGCACUGGGUGGAGAACACGCCRUCCUUCUGACUGCUGCUGGAGCCGUUUACACCUGGGGUCAGGGCAGCCACGGCCAGUUGGGGCAUGGAGGACUCAUCCCUGAGGAGGAGCCCAGGACAGUGGAGGCUCUGUGGGGGAUGUCCAUGAGGUCUGUGGCUGCAGGAGGCUGGCACUCUGUCUGUGUUGGCGAUGGAGGUGACCUCUAUGUGUGGGGCUGGAAUGAAAGCGGUCAACUUGGACUUCCAUCACGUGGUUUGAGGAAAGCUUCACAACAGAAAAGUGAUCAGCAAGCAGGAGAACGAUGCGGCAGUUUCAGCACAUGUCCUGAUGAAGAGCUACAUGAAGAAGUGUUCAUUUCAAUCCAGGCAUUCCCAGCUCUGGUUGAUGUCAGUCCGUCAUGCGAGAUCAGUACAGUCAGCUGUGGAUCCCGGCACACAGCUGCAGUAACAACAACAGGCUAUCUUUACACAUGGGGAUGGGGAGAAUACGGCCAACUUGGGCACCAAACAACUUCCAGUUUAGACGAGCCUCAGUGUGUGGAGUUUUUCAGGAAUGAGAACCUGCAUGUUGUUGAUGUGGUUUGUGGGUCAUGGAACACUUUUACUGCAGCUGUCAAGAAGGAAGUACUGAAAAAUGUCCCAGAAUUACCCCCCGUGAGCACCGGCAGUGAACUUUGGACUACAUGCUAGGAAACGUCAACAAAUACUUUAACAUUUAUGAUUAAAAUAUGUUUUGUCA